AUGCUCUUUCCAACAGUUGAGCGAAGGCGAAGAUACAACAUUAAUGACAGAAUUAAAGAGUUGGCCACACUUUUACCGCCCAAUACUCAUCCAGCAAUGAAAUUGAACAAAGGUUCCAUCCUGAAAGCGUCAGUGGAAUAUGUGAAGGAAUUAAAAAAGGACAAACAGAAACUUAUUUCGUUUGAAGUAAACCAGAAGGCGAUGGAAGCUAAAUACCAGAAAAUGAUGAUUAGAAUAUUUCAACUGGAACUGAAGUUGAAAUUAUACGGAUUAACGGAAGAUAUUGAUCGCAGUCAAACAAAAAGGAACAAGCGACCCAGAAGGAGGCUUUGCGAAAUUGAUGCAAUGGUGGAAGAUUUGAUGAAAAGCAGUCUGCCGCAAGCUAGAAAAUCCGAUGAAAAAUCGACGAAUGAAACGUUCGAAAGACAACAAUCGAAUGCAGAUACUCAACAUUCAGGUAAAAUCACAAACAAGUCGGCAAAAACGGGUUUAAGAAACUUUAUUAGCAAGAAGUUAGCAUACGAUAACACGAAAAACAGGAACAAAACAUCAAAUGCUUCACUUACCCAGGAAAUAAAAGCUUCUCGACAACAUCCCCAUUCAAGAUCUGAAGAAAAUGGAAAUGUACUUCAAACUGAGAAUAGCAUCAACCAGCUCUCUACUCUAUCACCUGAAACUCCGCAAAAUAGUGUUGCAAUGUCUGAACAGACAGAAGGAUCAAAUAAUGAGCAUUCAAGUUAUUCACUUUUCCAUUCUCCAUCAAGUGCUGAAUUAAGCUUGGAUCAAUGCAACCUUUUGCUAGAUUUAUUUGGAGCAGACAAUAUGACAAUACUUCAACCGGAACCGGAGACUGAGGUCACCCCCGUCUCUUCUCCAUCUCAAGUAGAAGACAAGUGCCCGUCUCCGGUUCAAUCUCCAGUGACAUUGACGACAAAUUUGCUUGAAGCAUUACUUUGGAAGUCCGACGGCAGCUCAUCUUCCUCCGAGGCGCAUUCUUUGGAAACUUCUACUGAAAAUGCAUGA